CAUUGCCUUGUACCAAGCACAACAGCUGCAUUUAGCAAUCAGAGUUCUAAGACCUAAAAGUUCCCUCUUCUUUUCUUUCAUCUGAGUCUUUCCCACUAAACUAAGCAAAGCAAGAUGAUCAGUGCCAAGAAGCUUAUCAAGCUAGCAAGAAAAUGGCAGAAAAUGGCUUCAAUUAGGAGAAAAGGAAUCACAUUACCAAGAACCACCAUGGAGGCUGAAACAAACAGUUGCAGUACAUCAUCGGUGGUCGACAAGGGUCACUUUGUUGUAUACAGCGUGGAUCAAAAGCGUUUUGUGCUUCCUUUGGAAUACUUAAAGAAUAAAAUUGUGAUGGAGCUAUUCAACUUGGCAGAAGAAGAGUUUGGGCUACCAGGCGAUGGGCAUCUCAUCUUGCCUUGUGAUGCAAACUUUAUGGAAUAUGUAAUUUCUCUCAUCAAAAGGAAACCGAGUAAAGAAGUGGAGAAAGCAUUGAUCAUGUCAGUAAGCAGCGGUCGAUGUUCAUCGUCAUAUCUUUACCAGCAAGAAAUGAGCCAAGACUUGCCAAUAUUGAGCUUCUGAAGCAAUUUUUCUCAUCUUUCAAUUGAUCCACACCUUUGUAGAUCAAAGAAUAUAACGCAAAGACUAACUUAUCAUGUCAACUAAUAUUAUUACUAAAAAGUUGUGCUUAGAAAAUUUAUGUAAGAUUCAGAAUUGGAAUCCUCUAUCACUAUACAGGAACUGAUCUCAAAUAUUUAUCUGUCGUGUUUUAAUGUAUGUUUUCUC